CCCCCCGAGGCUUGACAACACUCACACACUUCUAACACUUUGAUAAAUGUCACUUUUUACAAGCAAGUGUGGAGGCAGAGGCUGGAGGAGAAUAACCUUUUCACUUGACUUGAGAUUAUACACUGACUGAUGUCCCGGGAAAUAUUACCAUCAAAGUAUACGUGUCCCAACUGUCACACCAUAUGGGAGAGCUCCGCGGGGCAUCCUCCAAGCUCCCGCCCCCCCCAACUCCGCCACCCACCCGAGGCCACAGUGUAAACCCAAUGUAAGCAGAUUUUCCACUGGCAUUUGUUUUUGCUUCCCCCUCCCGGGACGACAUCAUUUAGGAUUUUACCACAGAUUAAAGUACGAUCACAAAAGACGCUCUAAUCUGCUGCCGCAACAAUGGAGAUGAGAGAUAAUUAUAAUGACAGAGAACGUGAGUGUGGAAAAUGAGGUCUUUUGCAGACAUGAUAUUGAAACAGAUAAAGAGAAAGUGAUAUCACUGGGCACAAUGGACGAUCAAAGGAUUCAUUUCUUGCCAGACAGCCUCAGAUCAUUCGGGGGGUAAUGGAGCUGCAGUCUUCCCUCAUUGGUCACGCCAUGACAGCUUUGGGGAUGGGAGUGCCGUUGGAAUUACGGGUUGAAACGCGAGCUGGAAUGAUCAAUCCUGAGGUGGGAAAUAGCACAGAGGCUCUAAUUUGUUCAUUCAUCAUCAACGCUCGCUGCUGCAGGAGCUUGUCCCGGCAGUGAAGGGCGAGCAGCAGGGGACGCUCUGGAAAGUUAAGCAAUGAACAGAGGGAUGCAAAGUCUGGACUCAGCUUCCGUGGCUUGUCACAGUCACACAAGUGUGCAGAGAUAGACCUGAGGUUCAGCACUGUUUAGUCUGAGACCAUGGUUUUUUAUGUUGACAUGAAGUGGGAGGACAAAGUUUUCGACUCAGGUGUGACGUUAUGAUGUCUGGUACAAAGCUUCUGGAGCUGAUUUGGGUGACACACAUUGAGUAUUCCAUCAAACAUGGAUCAGACAUCAGCUUUCAAACUACUUUUACCAUGUUAUUAUGAUUGGCACGACACAAAAUAGCAUUAAUUUUUUUUAUCAUCUACCUAUUGAACGCAGGAUCAACAAGGUUAUUUGCAUGGAAAUCAAAAGAUGUUUUUUUUUCAUCUAAAUAUUUUCUUUUUAGCUUGUGUUGCAGCCACUAUUUACCAGAGCCGGUUCAACAGAGACCUCUAGAGGGCUCAUUUUAAUUUCAGAAAUCUACCGCUUAUGAAGAUUAAUUCGCUUUUAUUUCUUUUCAUUGCUUCAUUAAUUCAGUGUAAUUUCAUAUCUUGCUUUAACUUCUGACCUCUGAGACUGACGUCUUCUUUUUUUUUUUUUAAAUAAAACUGGAACCGCUUGAGGUGACGCACACUGUAAGAGAGUGCGCAACCUUGAUCCGCACGAAGUCAACCCAGCGAAACCCGGAAGCGUUAAAGCGGCGUGCGCAUGUAAACAGCACCGGUGUCGUCAGAAUUGUGACUCCUCAUUUUCUUACUCCUCAACAUUGAAGAUCGUUUUGUCACGAUCGUGACAUCGCCGAUUAUUUCGUAAUGGCGGAUUCGAGCUCCGGGGAUUCCAGUGGUCAGCGCAUGCCACCCCCUGGAGGGAGCGGGCAAGGCAUGCUGCCUGGCCGUAGACCGUCUGCAGUCAUCUCUGCUGGUCGUCUCACCACAAUGCGUUCCAGAGACCUCACACUGGGAGGAGUGAAGAAGAAAACCUUCACACCCAACAUUAUUGGAAGAAAAAUAAAGGAGGAGCCCAAACCUGAAAGAGAGCCAAGGAAAGAUAGGAGGGAGUUUGAGAGAGGAAGAGGUCGGGGAGAAAGAGGGCGAGGAAGAGGACGAGGUCAGCCAGAAGUCAUCCAGUCGCACUCGAUUUUUGAACAAGGGCCUGGAGAAAUGAUGAUUAAGAAGAGAGUUGGUUAUGAGAGUGAGAGAGAAGUCACAAGCAUGGCACCUUCACCCAUCAUCAACAUUAAAAAAGAGAAGCGAGAGACUGAAGAGGAGACCAAAGAGAUUCUACGCAACUUGGAACGAGACAACUUUAUAGACGACCCUUUCCUCAGGAGUGAGCAGAGCAGCUGUCCUGUUCAGCUUCCUCUGGCUGUGUCAGGAUGGGGAUUCGCAGAGGAAUUCACUCCACGAGUUAAAAUAGAAAAGCUGGAAGAAGACUGUGAUAUCAUGGAUUCCGGGGUUGAAGUGAAAGAGGAGCCACAGGAUCUUGGUGUGAAGAAGACUGAAUCCAGCUUCAGACCUCCUCCUCUUCCCGAGCCGGAGGUUCUACCAGAUCUGCUGCACAGGUGGAGUCUAAGCAAAGGAGAGGAGCUUUUCUUCAUGCAAAUGCCUGACACGCUGCCAGGCCAGCCGCCAACGGUUGCACAAAAGCCAGUAAAAACAGAGGUGCAGUCCGAGGACGGGCAGUCGGUACUCCUCAAGACGGAGUCUCAGGAGGAACCGGAAGAAGAAAAUAGCUGCAAUCUCAAAGAUCUGAGAGAGGGUCUUGUUGGAAAGAUGCUUGUUCGGAAGUCUGGGAAAGUCCAGCUCAUACUUGGAGAGGUAACGCUGGACGUGGCUCUUGGGGCGCCAUGCUCUUUCCUGCAGGAGCUGGUGUCGAUCGGCACCGAGGGGCGGAUCGGCGACUUGACUGUGCUGGGUAAAAUCAAGCACAAAAUGGUGUGCUCCCCUGACUUUGAGUCUCUCUUAGAGGGCAGCGCUCGAUGCUCUUGACAAUGGAUGCCUGAGCCUUGUGAUCAUAAAAGGGAUUUCAAGGUGGUCACUCCUGUAUGUGGACCUCUUCAUUAGUGCAUCACUUAUAUCAGAGAACGGUGUAACUCAACACCUUCAGCUGAUGUAUAAUAACAUGUAAAUGUGUGAAUAAAUAAAUCUCCUUUGGUA